AUGCAUCGGACCAUGCGGAUCAAGAUGACUGAGCUGAAUCCACAUCUUAUGUGUGCCCUGUGUGGAGGAUAUUUCAUCGAUGCAGCAACUAUUGUAGAAUGCCUGCACUCCUUUUGUAAGACCUGUAUCCUACGCUACUUAGAAGCACACAAAUUCUGCCCCAUGUGUGACUCUCAAGUGCACAAAGGACGCCCUCUGCUCAGCAUAAGGUCUGAUAAAAUAUUACAAGACAUUGUAUACAAGCUUGUACCCGGACUCUUCAGAGAUGAAAUGAAACGACGACGGGAUUUCUAUGCCUCUUAUGCACGUACACAUGCAAACAGUGGCUCCAGCAUUGAGCAGGGGGACAAAGUGACGGCGAGUGGCGACAUGGUGGUACAUGAAGAGGAGAAUAUCAGCCUUUCCAUCCAAUUCUCUGAAGAUGCCAGAAAGAAAAUUGUAUUUGGAGUUUUAAUUGUGUUACCACCUCUUUCCUUACAGAGGAACAGUCUUCGCUUCUUGCGUUGUCCUGCAGCAAUGACCAUCACACACCUCGCUAAAUUCUUGCGGAACAAAAUGGACGUUCCAAACCGGUACAAGGUGGAGAUUCUCUAUGAGGAAGAGCCGUUGAAGGACUAUUACACCCUAAUGGAUAUUGCUUAUAUUUACCCCUGGGGCCGGACAGGACCACUGCCUCUCAAGUAUCGUGUGCAGCCGACGUGCAAAAGAUUACGAUUUAGCCGCCCAAGAAGCCUGCAGGAACCCAACCGAGCAACGAACUCAGAAGGGGAUUCAGCAAGUGACAAGGCGAACAGCCCAGCACCAGUUCCCUCCACAUCCUCAUCUCUACCCAGCCCUUUAACUCCCUGUCAGAGCUCUCCAAGCCCCAACACUGAACUCCCUCCAGCCCCUUCCCUCCACAAUGGGCACUCAGCCAGCAAGGGCCGAAAAGUUUCUCUCAAUGGAGCACCGGGACCACCCCUCACUUGA